ACAAAGGUCAUAGAAAGUCCACAUCUGGCCUUGAACAGCUGUAGUGUAACGACGGACGUAUAUUGCGUUAUUCUAAGGUAUUAUAGUGUACUUACAUGACAAGGACACAAACCGGUUUCGACACCACGUAAAUUGUGUAUUUAAGGAAAGGAACUUUGAAAUGAUGGUAUACGUGUUUUCAUACUGAAGUUAGCAAUACUGAUCUGUGCUGAUAUUACCGAGGACACAAGUACAGCGAUACACAGUAUCUACGUUGAUUGGAUUUCACUAUGGAGGAUAUUAAAGAUCAACUACGAGACGGCGUCCAGAACGUUAAGGAGAUGCUCGGACCAAUGAAGAAAUACGUCACACCAACUUCCGCUUUAGUGGGACUCGGAGCUGGUCUGACUGUGUAUUGGCUGAUCAAACGGAACAAGUACAAACUUCCACCAGGACCUACCCCCAUACCACUCGUAGGAAAUUACAGUCUGCUAAAUGCAAGAGAUUUCCAGGACCAGUGUGUAGAGCUGUCAAAGAAAUACGGACCAGUCAUCACUAUAUAUAUGAGUACGAUACCAGUGGUUGUUAUAAACACAAUAGAAGCCGUGACGGAAGCGCUCGUCAAAAGUAAGGCGGACUUUGCUGAUCGUCCAGAGUUUACGUCAGCACUCGCAUUUUCGGAUGGAGGGAAGGACAUCGCCAUGGCCCAAUAUACUCCUACAUGGAAACUGCACCGUAAGAUUGCUGGAUCUGCUCUGAGAACCUACUUAAAAGGAAGCAGACUGGAAGACUCUAUACAUGGGUCUUUGGCCCAGGUUAUCGAGUUAUUCGAGAAAAAGAAAGAUGAGCCUUUCGUUCCUCAUAACUACAUAGACCUUGCUGUAAUGAAUGUUAUCUGCGGACUCUGCUUCCAAAAAGUGUACAAGUUUGACGACCCUAAAUUCAAGCGCAUAGUGGAUCUUGAUAAUGACAUUAUAGACAAUUUUGGAUCAGGUUUUCUUGAAGACCUGAUCCCCGUUUUGGCGAAGGUCUGGCCAAGCUCGCGAUUCAAAAAAGCUCUGGCAAUGGCUGAUGAACUCUUUCAAAUCCUUCUGGACGAGCUGCUGGAUCACAAAAAGUCUUUCGACAAAGAUAAUAUAAGAGACUUUACUGAUGCGCUGAUUCUGGCUCGAAUGGAGGCAGAAGAUGAGGAGGAUGCUGAGCUCCUGAGCCAACUGACUGAUGUCCAUCUGAAACAGACACUGAGCGAUAUCUUCUUCGCUGGAUUAGAUACCACACGUUUCACGCUACAGUGGUUCAUGCUGUACAUCGCUGCGAAUCCAGAAAUACAGAAGAAAGCACAGAAGGAAAUUGACCAAGCCGUCGGCCGUGACCGCCUACCUGGACUAGAAGAUCGACCUUCAAUGCCCUACACAGAGGCCGUCCUGCACGAAGUUAUGCGGAUGGGAUCUGUUGCUCCUGUUGGGUUGCCACAUGCCACCAGAAACGACACAAAAUUAUGCGGCUACGACAUACCAAAGGGAACUACUGUUAUGAUAAAUCAUUGGGCAUUGCAUAAUGAUGCACGACACUGGAAAGAUCCCAAGAAGUUUGAUCCGGAAAGGUAUUUGGAUUCUGAUGGAAAUCUUGGACCAAAACCAGUAAGCUGGCUUCCAUUUUCUGCCGGCAGAAGAGUGUGUCUUGGAGAAUCCGUCGCAAAAGCUGAACUUCAUCUGAUCUGUGCAAUUUUUCUACACCAAUUCGACUUCAUGAUUCCACCUGGCGAGACUGCCGAUUUUACCCCAGAUAUCAGCGGUAUUGCUGGGUAUACCGCAGGCAAAUACAAAAUUGUUGUUAAAAAGAGGUCUUAAUAGAACUAUGGUGAAGACGCCCGUGCGCUUAUAAAUGCGCAAUUUAACAUUUGAUGUUAAUAAACGUUUUGAUUCUAGGAAGAUUUUAGACAAUCAUGACACAAGGAACGGGACAGUAGAUGUCUAUUUACAUGUUUAUGAUAUUUCUUUGAGCAUCGUUCGAUUAUAAAGCAUGAUCUGUAUAUAAGUUAUGUGUUGUUAUAUGUAUGUGCGUUGCUAGCGUAUGUUGAAUAGUACAAAUACAUAUGUAAAGUUACACGUGUGUUGUUACACAUGUACUGUGUCGUUACAUGUAUACGCGUUGGUACAUGUUUGUUGUUACAUAUGUACUGUUACACGUGUGUUUUUACAUAUCUGCACAUGUGUGCGGUUACAUGUGAACUGUACGUAUGCUCUUAAUGUUAACUUGUUGUUACAAGAUGUGUGUUACACGUGUGCUGUUACACGUGUGCUGUUACAUGUGCGUUGUUACACGUGUGCUGUUACAUGUAUUGCUACAUAUGUGCUUAUACGUUUGUUGAAACGUGUGCUGUCACAUGUAGGCUGUAGGUUUUGUAGUUAUUCUGUUUCUUGUCGAUUACACACGAUUUUAUUAUUUCCUAAUGUAAGAGUUUUGUUUUCCAAUGACCUGUUCGAAUCACCUUGGAAACACAUAUGAAACAAUGUACGACUGAUUUUGUUGAUAUACUUACGUAAUAUAAUUUUUUGAUAAUGUUUGACUUCUGAUCGAUUUUUGCGAAAAUUCGUGUGACAACGUUAACAGCAUUUUACGACAAUGGCAGUAUGUUAUAAAGUGUGAUACGGAACAGUAUGUUAUAAAAGUGUGAUACGGAACAGUAUGUUAUAAAAGUGUGAUACGGAACAGUAUGUUAUAAAAGUGUGAUACGGAACAAAAUUUGAAAUGUAUAUUGAUAUGUUAUCAUUAUUUAAUACUGAUUAUUUUUGUUCGAACAUUAAAUAAAAAGAUAAUUUGAAUUGA